AUGAGACAGAAUGUUUUAGUUUCUUUAGUAGUGGACCUUCUUCAGAAGUGCUCUAUACAAGAUGACGUCAGUAGCGGUCAAAUUGCCUAUACUGCCGAAGCUCGUGAAAGAGGAGAGAGAAACGUUCUUGCUGGAAUAUCUAACAGAACUCGAACCUUGAACUACUGGCUUAAAGAAUUGCACGCAGAACAAGAAAGAUCUGUAGAGGAAGUUACCCAACUGAAAAAAAUUCGAAAUAUUCUACAGAAAGCCUUUAGACACACGAAUAUUCCGCUGUCUGUGGCCCUGGCAUGUAAACGAUAUAGAGCUCGUCGAGUUACAAAUCAGCAAGAGGUAAUCGACCAGCAACUCGAUCAGGAAGUUGCUUUCUUUCAAGCUCAACAAGAAAAAAUGAGCAAAUUCGAAGAAGAGAUGCAGUCACUACAGAGGUAA